AGCCCAACACAAUAAAUAAAAUCAUUCCUCAAAUCUGUAUACCUUGCCAAUCUCUUGUGUACUUUGCCAGUGAGUUUAAUCAGGAGAUUUUGUUUUUUGCAGUGUAACUACAAUACUUUUCAACAAAUAAAAUUCAGAAAAGCAAACAAAAAUGAAUAUUAUUUGUCUUGUGAUUAUUAUAGCACAAUAACUUAUUGAGAAAGAAAAAUAUUACAAGGCAGGCAAUAGGACCCAGAAGAGCCCCACAAACAAAAUAAACUUGGGUCAUCACAUUCCAGAAACAACCAGAUGAAUAAACAGGCCCCAUAAUUCUCAAUAUUCACUGGGACUACAGAACUCAGAAGUUCAAACAGAGAUCCAUUUUGGAAGAUGGCACAGAGUGAUUUUUUCUACCCAGAGAAUUCAAAGAGAAGACAAGAACUGAACAAUCUCCACCAGCAAUUGCUUAAUUGCUUAUCAGACAGCUUUGAUGCCACCAAUGAAUUGAGUGGAGUUCUGAAUAUGCAUUUGGCCUGCAAACUGGAAUCCAUAGAAAUGAAAAAAAAUGGCAACAUUAAGGAAAAUUGCGACAUCAUCAUAAAAGCCAUGAAGAACAUCCAAAAGGAAGUACAAAGGGUUGAUGAUGUGCUAAAAGAAAAAUUGGAGCCAACAUUGUACAGAAAACUUCAGGACAUAAGAGAAAGAGAAACAGAAAAAAUUGCAAUUGUGCAAAAGGUUAUUUCAGUCAUCCUGGGAGAAGCCACUUCUACUGCCAGUACAGUAGCUGUGAAACUCAUCUGCUCAAAUAUUACAACUGUCAUCAUUAACAAAUUGGUCACUCUGUUAGCCCAAAUCGGUGCAUCUCUGCUUGGUGGUAUUGGGGUUGCUGUUCUCAGACUUGGAUUAGAUAUGAUUCUACAUGCUAUCCUAGGGGCAGUGGAGAGAAACCAGCUUCAAGCAGCAAUUAAAAGUUAUGAGCAACACCUGGUGGAGUUUAAAUCUGCCUCAGAAAAAUACCAUCAUGCCAUAAAGGAAGUCACCAAGACUCUGAAAUGCAGGUUGAAAUAAGCAAUCUAUAUUUUAUGUGCAAUUGCAAUUUCUAUUUUUUUCUAUUUAAGUUUAGAUUUUUAGAUUACAUUGAUUUCCCAUAGUUUCAGAUUCAAGCAGUGUCAGAAUUAUAGAAAGAUGACUAUUAACUAGGAAAAGAAGGUACAAUUCUAAGUUGCUGAGACAAAGUAUCCAGCUUAGAAACAUGAUUCUAAAACUAUAUUUCACUAGGUCAAUACUCGAGCUCAGGCUAAACUUAAUGAAGAAAAUCUUAAAUGAGUGGUCUACACACUAAUUUGGCUAACUGUCAUGGAGAAAUAGGCCAGUAGCUUCAGGAAUCAUUUAGAUCUCUAAUACUAUAUAUUUCACUAAGUCCUGGGCCUUGGUUUUUGGGAUAUAAACCAUCAGCUUAAGUACUGUACUCUGAAAGUUGGAAGUGAUUGAAAAGGUUUGAAUGCUAGCUAGGAAUGGAAGUGAUAUUAAGUGGCAACCUUCAGCAAUUUCUACUAAUUGUAGAAUUCUCAACACAAAUGUCCUGGAAAGAUACUACAGUCUGGGUAGAAUAAUGAACUGUUAGGGAUAUUAACUUCUAUUUGUCUUGUUUCCUAGAGCAAAAAGAAUUAUAUACACAGGUUAUAAAUAUUUUGAGGUGCAUUUUAUAUACAUAGUCAUAAUCUUGAUGACAUAAUAGCUAUUCCUUGCUUGAAAAGGAGAUUACAAAACAUAAGUGAGUGCAAGGGAUAAUGUUAUAAAAAAUUACCCUGGCAUGGAUUCUGUCAAUAUAAAGUUAUUAUUAAAUAAAAUUAAAUUAAAAUUUAAAAAAAUAAAAAUAAAUGUAGCUUCACCCAAAAAAAAAAAAAAAAAGAUCAUUUAAAUGAAAAUGAAACUAGGUGUAUUACUAUAUAUGUACAUGGAGAAUAAUAUUUUUAAAAUAUCUUUAUAUUUGUCAUACCUGGGGAAAAAAGAAAGCCAUUAAAGCCAUUAACACUCAGUUUUCUGAGAAUAGGACAAUAUAGAUGUGAUGGAGGCUUAUGGUUGAAAAUUUAAUUCUGCAUAUCUAACUCAUUUCCCACUAAUUCAUAAGUAUCUAACUUAAUAUGCUGUCUUCAUUUCAAUUCUUACACUUAAAAAGUAGAUUUACAGUUGACUUGAGAACAUAAUUUGAGUGCUUAAUUCACAUGAACAAAACAUCACAAUAAAAUGUUCUCAAUUAAAAAGCUAAAGACCAAAAAAGACUUCAACUUCAAAAUGUAUUUUUCUCUCCUAUAAUAUGCUUAUGCUGUUGACUAAAUAUAAUUUCUGUCUCUAAAAAUUAAAAAAAAAAACUACUUACCUGGUUUUAGAGGCUUGGUUAUUAUUCUUCUUCUAAGGUACUCAAAAUUCAGGCUAAAACCAAAUCAAAUAGAAAAA